UGCAGGCUUGCAGGUUGAGGAGCACUAGACGCUGUGGAGUGGAGGGAGGCGGAGAUGGCGGAACAGUAGCCACCAUGAGCUCCUCCCACUCCCAUGCUCAUGGCGGCCUCCUCCCCACCUCCCGCCGCCGCUAGCAGCAGCGGGCGACUCGCCAGGGUGCGCCUCCACGACCUGGCGCCCUACGAUGGCGCCGCGACCCCCGCCUACGGCCGCGCCGUCCAUGCCCUCUCCGCCUCCCUCACCCGCCACGGCGCCGCCCUCCUCGACCUCCCCGACGCCCACGCCGCCAUCCUCCGCUGCGCCCUCCAAUCCGCUCGCGCCUUCUUCCGCGCCAACGACCAACCCGCCUUCUACCUCUACCGCGCAGGGGGCAGCGCAAGUAGGACAUCCGAUGACGGCGGCGGCGACCUGGUCCCUGCUUGCAUGGACGACGCCUUCAGGUGUUUCGGUGAGGCUGCCCGCGCUGCUCUCUCUGCGAUUGCUCGCCAUCUCCGACUUCGUACCAAUGUAUUCGACCACUUGCUCGAUGAUACUCCAUUGCCUGUUAAUGAGGUCUCAUCCUCGGAGUUGCUGGUGGCUUAUUCCAACCAACACCUCCACACCGAUCAUGCUUCUUCUACUGCCUGUCUCGGCUCUUCAGUGCCUCAAGUUGACAGGGGCUUCCUUGUGCUCAUUGCUUCUGAUCAUCCAGGAAUUGAGGUUUGUGACCCAAAUGGCCAAUGGUACCUAGCAGAUGGCAUUUCAGGGCCUGGUGACCUGUUGCUUCUGACUGGAAGGGCACUUAGCCAUGUUACUGCUGGUUUGCGCCCAACUUCUCGCUACAGGAUCACAAAUGAGACUAGAGCAUCACUCACCUUUAGGCUAAUGCCACAUGCCAAUGCUAUACUGGAUUGCUCUCCUAUUGCAGCAGCUGGGCACUGCGUACCCCAGAUGUACCAACCCAUAUCUGCAAGCCAAUUUAUGGAUGACUUGUGUGCUGAAGAACGUGCUGUUUCGAAUCAUUCGGAAGCACCUUCUGAAUCUCAGGGCAGCUUCAUUAGUGAACCAUCUCUCAGAAGUGUCCUAUCAGAUCCAUUGUCUGGGGCUUUUCUUGAGGAUGCUAUGGUUCUGUUAUGUGGACACUCUUUCGGUGGCCUCAUGCUGAAGAAAGUCAUUGAAAUGGCAAGAUGCACCAUUUGCAAUGGAGAAGUUGAUCCGGCCACCCUGUUUCCUAAUCUCGCUUUAAGAGCAGUAGCUACAGUGGUGAAGAUGGAAGAUGAUAGGAGACUCUUUCAUAAUGCUGCUCUUCGCAAACACAGGAAAGAGGUGACCGAACGUAUGGAUGUGCUGAAGAGCACUGGAGGUAGCAGAGGCAAUGGUGAGCUGGUGUUGGAUGCUGAAAACCCUACAUCACCCAGGGGUGUGCAGUAUCCAUUUGUAGUGGGCGAGAGGGUCCUGAUCAUGGGAAACAGAAGGACGCCUGAUAAAUUUGUUGGGAAGGAGGCAGUCAUCACAUCGCAGUGCUUGAAUGGCUGGUAUCUUGUGAAGGCGGUUGAUAGCGGGGAAAGCAUACGGCUGCAGUAUCGGUCGCUGAAGAAAGUGUCGGAGCUGCAGCUUCAGUCAGAGAUGAGGUUGCAGCCACUCACCUUCCUGCACAACAAAUACCCCAGUAGUGGCAGCUGAGUUGAUUGACUAUCAUCAGUCUUAAAACAAAAAAAAAAGAAAGGAGAAGCAUAUACUGUAGCAGAAUAGUCAUGAGGCAUGCAUCGCCAUCAAGCGUGUUUUGUUGUAGUAAUACUAAUAAAAAGGUCAGUUAGAAAAGUGUGGUGAUAGUUAAUCUGGUGAUGAUAUGAAAAGGGUCUAUCCUAUUGGAAGGAGAAAUGUCAUGUGGGGGUUAUUAAAAGGACAUAAAGAGUUUGCUAGGAAGUUCCAAAUUCCUAGCGGUGGAUGCAGCGGGUCAGCCAAGCCAAACCACAAACCAAACUGACUUUUCUACUGCACUGCAACGCACCAGUAGAUGCCAGUUGGUAAUUCUUGAUCCAAGCGUGAAAAUGUGUAACUGGACCGGCUGGGCACUUGCAGAAAAAGUCGAUAAAUGUGUUGUGUUUGCUGUGACAUCACUACGUCAGUGAUUGUUUGGAUGUAUGCUCCUGGGAACUCAAUUGGACUCACGAUACCGCCAUCCAUGUCCAUGGCGCUGAGCCUUCUCUUCGCCGCUGCACCACGAGCUGUUGCCUCGUUCCGCGCCUCUUCGGCGUCCUCCCCGGCACUCGACAGCGGCCGCCGCCCGCAGAACGUCCCCGGCGACUUCUUCGUCGAUCACCGAUGCAUCGACUGCCAGACCUGCCGCUGGAUGGCGCCGGAGGUGUUCAAGAGGGUGGACGGAAAAGCCGCCGUGGCCGCGCAUCCCAUCUCCGACGACCACAGGACCAAGGCCCUGCAGGCUCUGCUCUCCUGUCCUACUGCCUCCAUUCACACCGAGAAACCUGCAAAAGACAUUCUUCAAGUGCAAAACAUGUUCCCCCUCCCCAUCGACACUCAUCUUCUCCCUGGUGUUUAUCAUUGUGGUUAUCAUUCUGAAGACUCGUUUGGAGCAACUUCUUAUCUUAUAACCCAUCCAGAUGGAAACAUACUAGUCGACAGCCCAAGGUAUACAACGAAACUGGCAAAUAACAUCGAAGAACUUGGUGGAGCACGCUACAUGUUUUUGACCCACAGGGAUGAUGUAGCAGAUCAUAGGAAGUGGGCUGAGCGGCUAAAAUGUGAGAGGAUUAUCCAUUCGGGCGAUGUAGAGCGUGCUACCGUAGAUGUUGAGCGGAAACUUACUGGCAAUGGUCCUUGGAACAUUGGAGCUGAUUUCGAACUUAUCCAUACCCCUGGCCAUACCCAAGGUUCGGUCUGCUUGUUCUACAAACCAGUAAAGGCGCUUUUCACUGGAGAUCACGUUGCAAAAUCAGAAGAAUCUGAUGAUUUAUAUCUCUUUCUUAUGUACAGCAGGCAACCAGUGAGCUUGCAACUGGACAGCAUGAGAAAAUUGUUGAAGUUAGACUUCGAGUGGUUUUUACCUGGACAUGGCUAUCGAAUCCAUUAUAAAGAUGUACACGCUAAGGAUUCAGCAAUCGAGUCCCUCAUAGCUAUAACUACACAAGCUAGGGGCAUCUUAUAAUUCUCUCUACCUUCAGACUUCAGUGUACAUAAAUAACGAUCAAUUCUGGAAUUAAGUGACCAAGAGGAAAUGUACUUUUUUUUGAAAGACCAGCGUAGGCGGCUGGCAUUCUAUUUAUCUUAGAAGGAGCAAUGUACAAAUUGGCGAUAUAGGAAAUGUAAAAAUUUACACCCAUGAUGGCAAACAGGUUUGUCACCAUGUCUAUGAUCUUCUCUAAAUCUUGGUACCUCCCAUGCUUCAAAA